AGGCAGCUCCAACACCACACGCAAGACCUGCUGGCGCCAGCGCCUGCACGGGGUCACGAGGCCGGGCAUGCAAGCGGACAUGUCCCCCCCGCCGGCCCACCCACCUGACGGCCUCCCGUGCCCCGCGGCCCGCAUCAUGCCGGCCGACCGCUCCGACACCGCUCGCCGAGCACGACGCGCCGGCCUCCCCAACCCCACGACACGCUGCCGCCCCCCGGCGCCACGCCCAUGCCCCCGCCCCCGCCCCCCGCACCCCGGAUAUAACCCGCCGCGAAGGCUCGCCGCAACCUCGGAACAAGGAAGCCAAAGCGUGACACGGGGUCGAACACGUACGUACGUCCGGUGCCGCGUUUCGGUAGCAGAGAAGAGGUCGAUGGCGUGCCAGCAGCUGCGGUCGACCAGCCUGCCCGUGAGGCCGCACGCCCUGGUGCUGGAGCUCGAGGACGAGCUGCAGCGCCUCCGGUCCGGCGCGGCGGCGUCGGCGCCGUCCCCCGCGGCGCUCGCGGGGCGGCUCGGCGACGCGUACGGGCGCAUCGAGGAGCUCGUGCGGCUCCCGGGCGGCCGCGACGCGCUGUCGAGCGCGCGGUGGAGGCGCGCCGUGGAGGCGGGGCUGGACGCGUCGGUGGCGCUGCUGGACCUGUGCGAGCGCGCCCGGGACGCCGCCGCGUCCGCGAAGCAGCACGUGCGCGCGGCGCGGCGCGCGCUCCGGAGAGGGGACACCGCGCUCGCCAGGGCGGCCGUGCGGGGGUACGCCCGGUGCCUGGCCAAGGCCGGCAAACAGGCCGGCGCGAGAAAGGCCCUGGGCAGGCGCGCGGCGCCGGCGGACGCCGAGGCGCCGGCCGCGGUGAAGGUGCUGUCGGAGGCGGUGGCGGUCACCGUCGCCGUGCUGCAGGGUGUGCUGUCGACGCUGUCCGCGCGAGUCGUGGACACGAGGAAGAUCAGGUGGUGCGUCGUGUCGAAGCUGAUGCGCAGCGACUGGUCGCUUUGUGUGUGUAGAGAUUUGGACGGGGAGGAUGGAGUGUUGAGCGCUCAGGAGACGUUGCAGGAGCUAGAGGACAGUGUGGAAGCCGUGGAGAGCGGGCUAGAGCAUCUGUUCAGGCAAAUUGUUCAGAGCAGAGUUGCCCUGCUCAACGUGCUUACUUUGUAACCACAUCGCCAAGUGUGAAUAGAUUUUG